AUGUAUAAANUGCCCCCCGAUGGCAAGACACAGACUGCAGAAGCGCCGAAUCUCUCGCGCCGCAGCUCAGACUCCUCAGACCACCACGAGAUGCCUGACCACCGCAACCAGGGCGCCAGCCCUCCCAACUCAGAAGUUAGCGGACCUGAAAGUGUUGCCGGUCCACCUCAGUCCGAAUCCGGUCCUGCCCCAACGGGGCCGGUUCACCCGGUUCCUCCGGAUGAGGUUCACCCGGUUCCUCCGAGUGAGGUUCAACCGGUUCCUCCGGGUGGGAUUCAAGCCGCUCCUCGGAACCGAAGACGCGCACCGGUUCCUCCAAAGGCUGAGGUUUUUCAAGUUACUGCAAUUCCUGAGGAGUCUUCGCACUCAAAACGGACAACUGUUCCUGAAGAACCUAAUGCCGUUAACCACAACGGCGUUCAUCUUCACACGAACGGCGUCAACGGUGGACAUUCUAUUGAGCAAAGCGAGCAACAUGUCACAAUGUCGUCUAAUGGCUUCGGGGAUAAUUCCUCCACUGACAGUGAUGCUUCUAGUCAAAAAUUGAUUUCAAAUAACACCAAGGAAGAUUCGGGGUCGACAAGAACUUUGACAGAAAAUUCAACUCAUGAUCACUCUCCGAAAACCUCCAACCGAAGUCCUGCUGACCGUGAAAAUAGCUUGGAGGAAUUGGUGAACCAGUCGUCUGUUAUAACAGCCGAAAUAUUCUUGCCUUCCUCCAAAUCUUCUUCAAUUGACGAUGCUUCUGAACGCUGCAUUUCUGGUGACACGCCUGAUCUUAUCGCCAGCACUGAUGUGGACAACGAUAGCAUGUCUGCCGAGUCACCUACACCCAUGCAAUCGUCUCCACAAUCCAGACAUUCACUUCCUGACGAUGUCAGCGAGACUUCAUCCACUGCUCCUUCACCUGUAGAAAGAGAAAUCUCUUUGGAUGCAGACCGCUCAUCUUCCAGUACUCCUGUGCUUUCUCAAACGGGUCAAAAGAACAACGAUGCGGACCCAGAUAGUCAAACACCGAAUACAUCCGUAGUUCACCCUGAAAUUGCCUCCGUAGUUCAUCCAGAAAUUGCCAAAGAUCCCACCGUAAAACCCGCUAUUUCACCUGUAGAAGUUCCUGUAGAGUCGUACAGUUCAUCAUCAGCUGCAGCGGCCACGCCAGAUCACGAAGUGCAAAGAACGUCGCUUAGUUUUUCGUCGGAAAGUUCUGUGGAAAUCGAAAUUGGGAAUCAGGCGGAGGGGCAUGCGAAGUCCGGUCAUCGUGCAGCUCUCAUGCAUAAUGGUGUACCUUCUCUUCCACAUGAAGAAUACGUUCAUACCAACUGUGGUUCUUUUGAUAGUGACCGUUUGAGUAAUGGUGAACAAAUAUCUGUUGUGACUGAGACUGCGAGAGCAAUGCCAGUCAUACACGAUGAACAGCUCCGCCCCACAGUUGAUGUUGUUGAUGAUGCACAAGCAGAAAAUUCAAAUUUAGACAAAUAUGUAGUGGUCCAAAAAGCACCUUCCCUGGAUGAAAGUCACAAGACAGCCUCGGAAGAAAAUUUUUCAACAAGGUACCACAGUGAUUCUAUUGAACAAGAUUCAAGACAAGUCGAUGAAAUGUUUGCUUUCAUUCAUCAUUCACGUGAAGAUGAAGUAGUUGAUAAUGACUCAAAUAUCUUCCAACUAGAACCCGAAAACCAGUUUCUGGAACAAACCGAAGACCAAAGGGCCUCUGGUCAACCUGAUGAAGCUGCCCAUUCCAUUAGAUCAAAAAGCGUUCCCAGCGAAGCGGUAAAUGAGGAGGUAAAGGUUGAUUAUCUUGUGCCUUCCGCCGUCAACGUUAACAUUGUUGCUUCACAGCCUUCAACUACUGAGAAUUUGCGUCUCAACGAUGGAAACGAAUUGAGUUCACACCCCCCCAAACAGAUUGCGAUCACGAAUGGUGUGGUUGAUGGUAAAUUAUCGGUCACAUCCGAAGAAUACCCCCACACAAAUGAAAAAUCUUCAAGUAUAGAUCCAAAAGUCAAGAAUUAUGUGAUAUCUGAGCUCAAAACAUCAUUAGAGAACGACAGAAAUUUCAAUGAUCUUAUACUAGAACCUAGUAGAAAAACGUACACAGAAGUUUACUCAUCGACUUCUUCACCUUGUGAAAUUCGUAGAAUCCCGAGCCGAUUGAAGGAUUCAUCCACAACAAGAUUCGAUUCAAUUUCCAGCUAUGAAAGUUGUCAAAAUGGUUUCGAAGAAUUAAAGGAAGCGAGAUCUGGGUCUGAAACAAGUUACGAAAGUGCGCCUCCCCCUAUACCUGAAAUUCCUCCCCCGCCGUAUCCAGGGAGAGUAGAAUUGCCGGUUGCAAUUGAGGCGAUCAAUCGCUCUCACGAAACUUUUUCUCAACAACCACUGAAUCGUACAGUCUUGGAUGUGCCGACAGCGGUAACUUCUACAGCACCGACAUAUGCAGCACCUGAAGUUAAAUCUAACGGAGUUUUAGAUUCUAAAAACAAACAAGAUGAAAACGCUUCAUCACAAGCUGUAAGUCCCAAAAACUCUUCAAAAGGAAUCGACCGCGUUUCUUCAGAGUCGUCAGUAGAUUCAGAUAGUGCCGUACAAACCACGUCGUUAGAACUCAAACAACCUACAAGUAGAACGAGUCGGACUAAGCCGAUGAUUUUCUCCAUCUCAACCUACAAGUCGCGGGCUGAAGAAAUAAGCUAUGGGUUGAAGGUAAACCAAACCGGUUCACUGGAUGAUCCAGAGGAAGAGCUAGCCAUCGUCGACGGUACUCUGCUAAAGCAAGCUUGUAUCGAUCCUCUCAAUGCUACCCCGCAGAGGACGAUAAAUUCUGCCCCUACUCUAGACAAUAUUACUGGAGCAGGCAGGAGUGAAGACAUCGCACGUGUCGAUCCUAUAGUUUCGUCGCCAACAAUAGAAAAGCAAGUACCCAAAGUCAACGGAUUCCACGAAUCGUGUGAAGAACCAGAGUCGCAAACUUUGUCGAAUGAUUCAUAUUCGUCUUUACCUAGAAAUUUCCGUACUAAAAUGACGAUAGAUUCUGCUAGCAGUACUCAAAAUGGUGAGUUGAACAUAGAUUUACUGCGAUCAGAUUCAUCUGACUUUGUCACAUCACCCACUACGUCUCUAUCGAAGACUUCCACUACGUUAUCCUCAAACGCUAGUCAGGUCCCACUUCCUCGCACCUUCGUGGUUCCAACCGUCCAGCCAUUGAGAAGCCUUAUAACUCCCAAACCUGCACCCAAUCCUAAACCUUGGGUAUCCACAACUGCCUACACGGCUACACCCUGGAAUGGAACCACUCGCGCUGUCCAAAAAGUUGCGGCUUCGAAAAAUUCUAUUAGCCAGAAACCUGAUGUUCCUCCCACACCCGAUUCUGACGAAGCCAAAGAUACUGGAAACGCGUCUGUCGCCCGAGGCAUGAGCUUUUAUGACCGUCGGGCUGUGUUCACCAAAGUUGAUCGGUCAACACCUGCAGACAACAAGACCGUUGAGUUCAGGAAACCUGUUUCAAAACUGACGGGCGGCAUCUCAAUGCGUCAGUGGGAGCAGCAGCAGCUGCGCCAGAGACAGCAGAUGAAGAGAUCUACGAGCCUCUCUAACCUGCACUCGGACGUCUCUGAACUGCACAAGGCUCAGUCUUCUUCCUGUCUCAGUGACAACAUUGGUGGAGUGCCCCCCAACAACAGUAACAUCAACACGACAACAAUGCCGGGCUUCGGAACUAUGGGUGGUUUUGGCGCUACGCCUUUUGGCAUGGGUGGCAUGGGUGAUGGUAACCCGAUGGCUCACGAGUUCGCGAAACUACAAAACGAUUUCUUCAAAUGGCAAGACCAGCUGAUGCAGAACCAGCACGUUCUCCACUCCAGAGUCGCGCCUCUUGCUGGUCCAUCGACAGGCAUACUUCCCGACUUGCAGGGCCCCAGACGACCGGAGCAAGGAAAACCUCGCGAGAUCACCAUCCCAAUCAUGAUCGAGACCGACGACGAACCGACCUUUGUUCAGCAACCUGAACCUCAACAGCAGCUGCAACAACAGCAACAAUGGUUGCGACAGCAGCAACAACAGAUGCAACAACAACAGAUGCAACAACAGAUGCAACAGCAACAACGCUCAUCGCAGCAUCAACCAACGAUGCGCCAAGUGCAGCCUCAACGGUUCCAACAACCUGUUCCUCAGAAAGCUCCUCCACAACGGCAGUGGCCUCCUAUGCAACAGCAGCCGAUGAUGCAGCAACAGCCAACGAUGCAGCAGCAGCCAGUGAUGCAGCAGCAGCCAAUGCAACAGCAGCAGCCGAUGAUGCAGCAUCAGCCAAUGAUGCAGCAGCAGCCAAUGCAACAGCAGCAGCCAAUGAUGCAGCAGCAGCAGCCGAUGAUGAUGCAGCAGCCAGUGAUGCAGCCGCAGCAGCCAAUGAUGCAGCAGCAGCCAAUGAUGCAGCAACAGCCGCUAAUGAUGCAGCAGCAACCGUCUCUUGGCCGGAUGCAGCAACAAGUUCCUCAGGCUACAAUGGCCGCCAGUCCUGGGCCAUCUCAAAUGGUGCAGCCGCAGUCAGGAGGUCGCUGGGGCCCGCCCACAAACGUUGGGACUUGGGUGGAAAGACCUCAGGAGAUCGCCGCUGAAGACUUGCAAUCUUCAGCUCCUAAGGGGAAAAUGGCUCCUGCUUUCUCUCGACCGUUCCAAAACCCUCCGACGCAACAAACCGCCGCUUUCAACACUAAUGGCCACCAGGGAAGCGACAGCGGACCCAACGCUCGCUACACGUCAGUUGUGACUUUAGCUAACGGCGACCAGGCCAGCGAACAAGCGGCGCGCGACAAAGUGCGCUCAGUGGUUCAGCUCAACAGCACUCCUGCUCCGCCGCUUGCUGCUCGGCAAGACUCAAACAAGCCCCUAUUCCAGACCACUUAUCUUGAAGAGCCUAAUGAAUUCAGCAGCAAAAUCCUGGAAAGUGCCAGUAAAAAUUCAGCGCCACUUGCAGAGGCGCCGUGGCGUAGGAAUUCUGGGACCGUUCAGUCACCGCAGAGUACCCAGAAAAUUGCCUCGUUUGAGCCCCCGAUGUCGUCCCGUUUAGUGGCCGCCGCCAACGCUGCAUCGUCUGAAACUCAGCCUAAGACGCCGUCUCCGCCCCGAAGCGUUGCGCAGCCACAACGUCAGUCACCGCCAUAUUGUCCUGUGGAUCAACGGACGUCUCCUUCCAGAGAAAACUUCCUCCAAAAGAACGAGUCUCCGGUACCCGAGUUUGCGAAUCUAAAGCUGAGACCUUCGCCUCCCCCAACUGAAAAUCAAGCAUCUAUUACUCCUCAAACUUUCUCUACACCUUCGCCUCCUGUGUGCUCCACUAUUCCACCUCCACCUGCUCCUGUUGGAGGACCUCCACCCCCUCCACCUUCUGCUGGGGGACCUCCACCACCCCCUCCACUUGCUGGAGGUCCUCCUCCACCUCCACCCCCACCAGGCCUAGCUCGUAGGCCACAAGCUCCGACAGAGGACCGCCGAACUUCUACCGGGAAAAAGAUAAUUUCUUCAGACCAGCCGGCCGAACUUGACCCGCGCGAUGAGCUCAUGAUGGCAAUCCGAGGCUUUGGAGGCACAAGCUCGGGUCGACUUAGGAGAACUUAUCGGCACCCAGAGCAAGAUUAAAUGUCUCCUUCUCUCUCUUCCAAUAAAUCUGAUGGUGUGGCGAUGAUACUCGAAAUGAUACGUGAAGUUUUCAUUGGUUGUCGACCGCGAUUCUGCACGGUCGCUUAAUGUCGAUUCCGCGAACUCAUCACUAUCGCCAUUACCGUGCGUCUUGUCUCACCUAUACGCGUAAAUGGAUUAAAAUUGAAGGUAAAAAGAAGCGUCGCGAAAUAGGACCCUGAUAUCUGGUUUUUCUAAACCCACUAUAGCAUCAGUGUCGGUUAUUUAGGAAAUAUCGAGUUUUUCUUACUGAAUGUCAGAGAGUCGUUUAAGUUUGCUGGUGUUGGUGUAAAGUAAACACGAUCGAAAAGUGCCAAUUCGGUUUAUAAUUCUGCCUUCAAUGUUCUGUCUAAUAAUAGUCUAUAAUCCAUAUGCAUGCAUCUAUCUAGUAAUGUUUCAAACUGCGUUUUAUUGUUCUGUAUAAAUAUAAUAUACUAUCUUCUAUCAUACUCUGUUUUGUGUUACGCAGUUACGAUAAAAAUUGCGAGAAUUGAGCAAUUAUACCUGAAUACCUGGAUGCUUAUUCACGAAUUUGAAUGAUCCAAAAGUGGAUAAUAUAGCUAAUAAGAUUGUAAAUAUUUGAUUAUCAAAGUUUAAUUUUUUUCAUCACAUGUGAUGUCUUCUUAGUCUUUUUUUAUUAUUCAUUUUGGUAUUUCAUCAUACAAAUGUUUUCAGUAUAUUCAAGCUCGUAACCGUGUUUUGGGCAAGAACUGUUCAAUAUUCUGUUUUAUUAUCUUCUCAAUCUUCAUUAAUUUCGCUUACGUUUCAGAUCACGAGUGCCUUUUUCAUGACGGCGAAAUAUAAUAUAAAUAAGCUAAGCUGAACAUUCUAUGGUCAUUGUCAGCGAUCAUUAUAAUCACGGCGUGUAGAACUUGGGGAAUUUUUUCCGUUUUCUACUCGAGUGGAGAUUUAUAAGGUUUUUAUACAGUUAAUCAUUGUGUUGUACUAAAAUUAUCUACACAUUUGCAGCAAAGUUAGAAUGAUGGUAACUAUCGUCAAAUCUUGAACGCAGUAGCGCAAUGAUAAGUAAACUAAAUUGACUAGUCAAAUGAUGCGACCGUUGCUGCACUUACAUCAGUCAAGUCUGAAGAAAGUUGAUUAAUUAAUGGGUAUGUAUUUCUUUCAAGUUAUUGUCGCUUGAGAAAGUCUCUCUCACCACCAAUAAUAUUCAUCAAGUUAGUCUCUGUUAUGCAUGCCCGUUGAUGUCUUCUAUAUUACAAAUGACCGUUUAUUUCGCCUAGUCUAAUCAGUGUUGCUUGAUGUCUAAAAAAUUCAUUAAGUCUGUGACAUGAAUUCAGCCUGCACAUGUAACUAAUUUCUCUCAAGGUCGAACUUAGAUUCUAGUAACAAGUAAAUCUGUGACAUUUCCCAUCAGACAUUAUAAUUUGUUUUAGUUGCUAGGAUCAAGAUGCCGUUGUAAAAAUAACGAUGUUAUUUUGAGAGUAUUUAACUAGCCAAGCUUCAAAUCAUACACAAAAAAUCGUUAAGUUAUUUUCGUCUCUACAAUCAAUAAUAUGAUUGAUGCCAUAGAUUUUAUAGAACAUUAGUCUCCCUGAAUUUAUAACAGGAUAAGUUGUAUUCGUUCAUGUGUUUAUAAAGCUUAUGUCAAUAAAUUUAAAUGUUCA